AAGACUCACAAACCAAACCAAACAAACAAACCAACUGCAAUUCUCUAAUUCUCUCCCUCUCUCAAAGAAAGAAUUUUCCGGCGGCGAUCGAAAUGCGUCCUCCGCAGAGAACGGUGGUUUACAAAGUCGGCGAUGAGGUGGAAGUGAUCGGAAAGGAAGAAGGCUUCUACACCUCAUACUACGAGGCCACCGUCGUCUCCCUCCUCCCUUUCGGCCGCUAUGAAGUCCAGUACAAGACGCUGAUCGUGGACGAGGAGACCAAGAUUCCGCUGAAGGAGGCGGUGCUGGCGAAGGACCUCCGCCCUGUGCCGCCGCUUGUCAACACCCGCGGCGAGUACAAGCUGUACCAGGCGGUGAACACGUUCGACAACGACGGGUGGUGGUACGGGAUGAUAGUUGGAAGGAUCAGCUGCACUGGCGGCAAGGGUUACAACGUCUACUUCAGUUCCACCAACGAGACGCUUCCGUACAACUGUUCUCGCAUCAGGGUUCACCAUGAAUUCUUUGAUGCAGAGUGGCAACAAAUUGAUUAGUAUUAUUCAUCGAUCUGUCAUCAAUUGCCCAAUUUUGUGUUCUUGCAAUUAUGGGUUUAUAGAUCUUUUUCUUUAUUCGGUUUCUUGGAAUUUGGAUAAUGGGGUUAUGGCUCAUGGGUUCUGUUUCAAUUAAUGGAUGCUAGAGAGUAGAGAGAUUAUUAUGUUUCGUCUGUGAUUUUGUAAAAUUGGCAAUUGGAAAUUAAUACAAGUCCUUUAAUUUCAAUUCA